UAAUUGUGAUCAAACAUCCCAGUUAUUUGAUUUCUCGGAUUAACUGCAAGAGAGUUGGAGAGAAGCGCGAACAUGCAGAUCUUCGUGAAAACCUUAACGGGGAAGACGAUUACCUUAGAAGUAGAGAGCAGCGACACCAUUGACAAUGUCAAGGCAAAGAUACAAGACAAGGAAGGAAUUCCUCCUGAUCAACAGCGAUUGAUCUUUGCCGGAAAGCAGCUAGAAGAUGGCCGAACCCUUGCUGAUUAUAACAUCCAGAAAGAGUCUACAUUGCAUCUGGUUCUGAGGCUUCGAGGAGGAUUUAUCCAAUCUUCUUUGAUGGCUUUCGCUAGGAAAUACAAUCAGGACAAGAUGAUUUACGGGAAAAAUCUAGUGCAAGCAUUUCUAAAUUCGAGAUCUUUGGAAACCCUAGCGUAUGAAGAGAUUCAAGCUAAUCCUGAGAGACCGUACAGUGCGACAGCUUUCAUUCUUCAUGGACUACUGGGAUCUGGGAGGAAUUGGAGAUCUUUCUCUCGCAAUCUUGUGUCCAAACUAGCAAGCUCUACAUCUUCUGUUGAUUGGAGGAUGGUUCUUGUUGAUUUGAGAAACCAUGGAAGAUCUUCUGAGAUAAAAGGUCUAAAUCCACCUCAUGAUAUGUUCAAUGCUGCAAGGGAUUUGGCCAAUCUGGUCAAGAGUCAAGGUUGGUCUUGGCCAGAUGUUGUUAUAGGUCAUUCAAUGGGUGGAAAAGUUGCUUUGCAAUUUGUGGAGAGUUGUGCUCGUGGAGAUUAUGGUCAUUCUGCUACCUUGCCCAAGCAGUUGUGGGUGUUGGACUCUGUUCCUGGACAAGUGAGCUCUGAUGACAGUAAUGGAGAAGUAGAGAAGGUUCUACAGACAUUGCAGACCUUACCUUCAUCAAUCCCAUCAAGGAAGUGGCUUGUGGAGCACAUGACUAAGCUUGGUUUCUCCAAGUCACUGUCUGAAUGGAUUGGGAGCAACCUAAAGAAGAGUGGGGAACACGAGACAUGGGCUUUUGAUCUCCAAGCUGCUGUUGAGAUGUUCAAUUCAUACAUGAAAAACAGCUAUUGGUCCCUAUUGGAGAAUCCACCUGAAGGGUUAGAGAUUUCAAUUGUGCGUGCGGAGAAUAGUGAUAGGUGGUCUUCGGAUGUGAUUGAACGACUAGAGAGCCUUAGUGCCCGUGAGGCAUAUGGAUCGAAGGGGAGUGUUUUGGUUCAUGUUCUUCCGAACUCUGGACAUUGGGUCCACGUGGACAAUCCAAAGGGAUUACUUGAAAUCGUAACUCCCAGUCUCAUCUCUAUUGGUUGAGCAGGGCAUUCUAUGGUUAAAGCCACUGGCUAGAAAGAGGCCAUUAUAUGCUUGGGAAAUUGAAAUCAAUAAGUAGUGUAUAAAUAAUUCUCUCUUUGGGCAACCAAUUGAUACUGGCACCGGGCUGUAAGCUCCAUUUCUUUAUUAAAUUAUAUAUAUUUUUUGUUUUGAAUUCAUUUGCACUUAAAGUUUCCGAUUUAUGUC